GUGGCGGCAUAUAUCUGCAGGCGCCUCCGGUGCGGUGUCGGUGAUGUCGGUAUUGAUCCCGUAGUACCUCCGCCAUGGAGGACAACGCCUUCGCCGCAUUCUCAUUCUCGGCCCCGGCGCCGCCAACGAGCUGGAAUCGAACUGAGAAGACCGUCAAGGUGUGUGCGCUCGCUCCCGGAAGUAAUCUCCGCUUGCGUCUCAUACAGGUGGAGGUAGAUGCGGGUGUUAAACAGAGUGGCAGACUGUCUCCUUUGGGAAUUAAUCGUGAUCGCUCUGUGUCACAGACAGACAAGCGGAGAAAAUUAACAGCUAAAGUGGAACGCUUUGACGCUGCGGCAACUGUGGGAAGAUUGCCAUGCCUUGUCAAGACAGAACCCAAAUUGGAGAUUGAAGACUCGGAUCAGGCGAUUUCUGGGAACAUUGUAAAAGUUGAAUCUUCAUCAAAAGCGGUGAAAGCGAGGCAAUCAAGAAGUAAAGCGGAUAACUCAACAAAAGAAUGUGCCCCUGAGAAUUGGGAACAAAUUGUUCAGGGGAUUAGAUCCAUGCGGAUGGGCAAAGAUGCACCAGUGGAUCUUUUUGGAACUCAUCAAUUAUUCGACAUUGAAGCCGACAAAGGAACGCAACAGUUCCAGGCCCUUGUGGCAGCCAUGAUCAGUUCGCAAACCCGAGAUGCUGUUACUGGAGCUGCCAUGCAACGACUGCGCGCCAUGCCUGGAGGCCUCAACGUUGCUCACAUUGCAAGUGAUGAUGUUGAGAUUGAUGCAUUGGCGGAAAUUUUGAAGCCUGUUGGGUUUUACAGGCAGAAAGCGAAGUUCAUGAAGUCCAUAGCACAAUCACUUGCAGCUCCGCCGCAUAAUGGAGCAGUUCCAAACUCACUUGAGGAACUUAUGAAGCUGCCUGGUGUGGGACCCAAAGUUGCUCUAUUGGUUCUGUGGGUAGCCUUUGGCAUGGGUGAAGAGGGUUUAAUCGUCGAUACGAAUGUCAGAAGAGUAUGCUCUCGGCUUGGGUGGGUACCUGCGGAUGCUACUCCAGAAUUGACGCGAAGAACACUGGAGUCAUGGAUGCCACGCUCCAUGUGGGCGGACACAAGCUUCCUGUUUGUUGGAUUUGGACAGCAGGUGUGCAAACCAUUGGCUCCUAAGUGUGAGGGUUGUAAAGUAAGCCAAUUAUGUCCGUCUGCGUUCAAACAAAGCCCCAAAAGACAAACUCGCAAGCCCAAGUGACCAGUGCGGAGGUUGAGACCUACCAAUUUUGUAGAAUGGUGCUUCUAUGGUCUCUGCCUCAUUGUGGUCAUAUAAAAGAUGAACCGUAGUUCCACAACCCCAGGAUCAGAUGGCAAGUAUGGUGAACAGGGAAGGAUGUGUUGGAGGCGCUUGUUGUCACCAGCUCAUGGAUUUACCAUCCUUCCUGCAGCUGUCAGCAAUCUGACCCCUCAUCAACUUAUGAAGAAUUUGAUGUCGAGACGCUCAGUUUUUAGCAUGCUUGAUUCUCACCCCUGAAUCAGGAAUUUUCUGGGGAUGAAGCAUUCAACGUCUCCUUAUGUAAAUGCUCAACUGUAUAUAAAGUUCUCAUCUCUUCGUAUGACAAACA